AUGGAUAGACUGCGCCAGCAUCUCUCUCGCCGGCGCCGCAGCAGCGGCUCCAGCGCGACACCUCUCCAGUCGCCCAAUUUCCCCAGCAUCGACAUGCGCCAGGAUGAACGGGACGUGCCCCCGCGACGUCUCUAUGUAACGUCCGACACGCAUGAUUUCGACCCAAGCAUCAUUGCGCGCUUCCAAGGCGAAGGGUUCGAGGUGGAGUAUUUGCCGUUUCCAGGCGGAAACGAAGAUCUCGAGAGAGAUCGCAAGGACCUGGAGCACCUGCUGCACGGGAGGGAGGAUGAUCUCGAGCCCGGGGAGAGAUACGCCGUCGUUGCAUAUCACCGGCCGGCUUUCCUGCUCCUCGCAUCACACCACCAGUCCACAACAGCCACCAACCCUCUUCCCAGAAUGUGCGCUCUAGUCGCCUACUACCCGCGCGGACCACUUGACAAAACCUGCAAGGGAGAAAGCAAAUCGCCGGCAUGUCUGCUUCCCCCCUCCACCACCUCAACAUCCACCUCCUCCUGCUACGCCUCCCUCUCCCUCCUCCCCAUCCAGAUCCAGCUAGCAGGGCACCAAAAUCCCUCCUUCUGGGACGACUACAGCGCCCACCCAAGCAGAAAGCGACAUAGAUGCCACCUCUUCUUCUACCCCGAGUCCGAGCCUGGCUUCGCAGAGCACCCGAGCCCGACCUACGACCGGCUCAGCUCCCGCCUCGCCUGGAGCCGCGCGCUGGAUUGUCUCAAGCGCGGGUUCGGCUGGCCCGGCGGGAGCUGGAAGACGCCCGACGUCGAGACGAUCUGGGAAGAGUACUGGCGGAAUCUGCUUUUCGAUGCGGGCCGUAACCCGGGCGCGGAGCAACACGCCGCCAAGAUCACGAAGAUAAUGAUCGGUAGUGGCGAUCCGAGUAGCCUAGACAGGCAGAUUGAUGAGACGCCGCUGGUGAAUUGCGUUCCGACUAUGGUUGGGGGAAGCGACAGGCAGUCGAUUUCAACCUUCUACGCGGAAGCAUUCUUCCCUACCGGCCCCAGAUCACAGCAGAUCCGCUUGCUUUCUCGCACCGUCGGUCCGGACCGCAUCGUCGACGAGAUCCUGCUGGCGUUCCGGCAUACCGAGGAGAUACCCUGGUUGCUCCCGCGGGUACCGCCCACGGACCGCGAUGUGAAGAUUGUCCUCGUGAUGACGGCCAGUUUCCGCGCGGGGAAGCUCUCCCGGCAGAAUAUGUACUGGGAUCAGGCGAGUGUGUUGGUGCAGAUUGGGUUGUUGGAUCCGGCGCUCGUGCCGGGGAGUUUCCGCGCGACGGGAAAGACGAGGGAGGGCAGGCAGGAUGUGGAAAUAUUGCCAGUUGUUGGAGCGGAAGGGGUGGAGAGGAUCCUGAAUGGGUAG